AUGAUGUCCAUGAACAGCAAACAGCCGCACUUCGCCAUGCAUCCCUCUUUACCCGAGCACAAGUAUACCACUUUGCAUUCCAGCUCGGAAGCUAUAAGGAGAGCCUGUCUACACACUCCACAGCUGCAGAAUAACAUCUUCGCGAGCCUGGAUGAGACCCUGCUGGCCCGGGCAGAGGCUUUGGCGGCCGUGGAUAUCGCCGUGUCCCAGGGCAAGCAGCACCCGUUCAAGCCCGACGCCACCUACCACACGAUGGCAACGGUGCCAUGCCCUUCUAAUUCCACGGUGCCACUGGCCCACCAUCACCACCACCAUCAUCACCACCACCAUCCGAACUUGGAGCAGGACAUCAUGGACCACAUCUCCUCGCCGUCCCUCUCCCUGAUGUCCGGGGCGCACGACGGUUCCGGCGGUGGAGGCGGCGGAGGCGGAGGCGGAGGCGGCGGAGGUGGUGGCGGAGGACUCAUCUCCACCUCCUCUGCCCAUCCGCACUCUCACAUGCACGGCUUGAGCCACCUCUCCCACCAGGCUAUGAGCAUGAACUCGCCUCUCACCCACCACGGGCUCUUACCGGGCUGUCACGGAGGGGGUCAAGGCGGCCCAGGACUCACUAACGCCGGACUGCCCUGCAUCAAUGAUUCGGACACAGACCCAAGGGAGCUGGAGGCUUUUGCGGAGCGCUUCAAGCAGCGCAGGAUCAAACUGGGGGUGACCCAGGCGGACGUGGGAGGCGCUCUGGCUAAUCUCAAAAUCCCCGGCGUGGGAUCACUGAGCCAAAGUACAAUUUGUCGAUUUGAGUCGUUAACUCUGUCCCACAACAACAUGAUUGCUCUCAAACCUAUCCUCCAGGCCUGGCUCGAGGAGGCCGAGGGGGCCCAGAGGGAGAAAAUGAACAAACCUGACAUUUUCAGCGGAGGGGAAAAGAAACGCAAGAGGACCUCGAUAGCGGCCCCGGAAAAGCGGUCUUUGGAGGCUUACUUCGCCGUACAGCCUCGACCGUCGUCCGAGAAAAUAGCAGCUAUAGCAGAAAAGUUGGACCUGAAAAAAAAUGUGGUGCGAGUGUGGUUUUGUAACCAAAGACAGAAGCAGAAGAGGUUGAAAUUUUCCGCUUCUCACUGA